AUAUGUAUAUGCUUUAAUAUAUACAUACAUGUAGAUAAACAUAAAGACAUUAAAUACAACAUUGUUUGAGAAGGGUAUUAGAAUUUGAGGGGAUAAGGAAAGGUUUCAUGAAAACUAAUAAUGACAUUUAUCAUCUCAUUUUAUCUUUUUAGCAAUGCUGUGAAAUAGAGACUAAUAAUUAUUCCUAUCUUAUUCAUAAGGAAACUGAGAAUUAAAGAAGUAAAAUGACUUAUUCAGGAUCAAACAACUAGUAAUGCUUGAGGUAGGAUUCUAACCCGGAUCUUUCACUUUCCAGGCAAAAUGCUGUAUUCAUUAUGCCAUGCUGCUUCUCAAAAUAAAUUGAUUUUUCAUUUCCUUUCACACUUCCAAUCUUUCUCCUUUCUCUUCAUCUGAGAUUUUGUCAAAAUUUACAUGGUGUGGGGAUGGGGGAAAGGAGGAGAAUGAUGACAUAGUAGACUAUGUGAUUUGAUGACAUAGUACAGAGCAAGCCUUGAUGAUGAUAUGAUGACAUGUACAGAAUAAGCCUUGAAACCAGGACUUUUGAGUUCAAGUUCUACUCUUGGCAGACAUUGACUGUAUGCCUUUGGGCAAGACGCCUGACCUUUUAUUUUUCUAGGCAACUCUCUAACAUUAUAAGUAGCAUAGGUAUUUGUCUAACCUGUUAAAGGAAUUUUGCUCAAUAAAAUUGCAGUGUGUUUGCUUGAACUAUUGCAGCUUUAAGAUGUUAUUCAUUGCUGAAUGAGCAAAAGAAAGAAUGGAACAAAAAUCUUCACUAGAAUCUUAUUGAAAUGUGUCAUCGUGAUGUAGUAGUGAUCCUGGUCCCCUUCAAUGUUGCCAGUGGAGCAUAAAAAGGUCUGGCAUCUCAUACUAAGUUGGAAAUGCUUUGAAAAGGGUCCCAGCAACAGGCUGUCAUCUGAGGAUCAGUCUAGUAAAGUACAGAGUGGCUCAGCCCCACAGUCAAGCAUUUGCUAAGCACUGCCAGAGCUUUCCUUUCUCUGUACUCCUAGAGAACCUUAGAUUCACAUUCACACCAUGAUGGAGAAUCAAAAAAGGACUUUGGAUCUGCUCAUCCCCUAUUCUAUCCAUUGGAUCUAUUAACUAUCUGGACAUCUAAAACUUUGUGGGAAAUGGCUAAAUGAACUUGAAUGAUUCCAUGAUUCAACAGGCUCAGAAAUCCUGGAUAGAAAGAGCAUUUUAUAAGCGAGAAUGUGUUCAUAUAAUACCCAGCACCAAAGACCCCCAUAGAUGUUGCUGUGGGCGUCUAAUAGGCCAGCAUGUUGGACUCACACCAAGUAUCUCCGUUAUUCAGAAUGAGAAAAAUGAAAGCCGACUCUCUCGAAAUGACAUCCAGUCUGAGAAAUGGUCCAUCAGCAAGCAUACACAGCUCAGCCCAACAGAUGCUUUUGGGACAAUUGAGUUCCAAGGAGGAGGUCACUCCAAUAAAGCCAUGUAUGUACGGGUAUCCUUUGACACAAAACCUGAUCUCCUUCUACACCUAAUGACCAAGGAAUGGCAACUUGAGCUCCCCAAACUCCUUAUCUCUGUUCAUGGAGGCCUCCAGAACUUUGAACUCCAACCAAAACUCAAGCAAGUCUUUGGAAAAGGCCUUAUCAAGGCAGCCAUGACCACAGGAGCAUGGAUUUUCACAGGAGGAGUUAACACAGGAGUUAUUCGACAUGUUGGGGAUGCUUUAAAAGAUCAUGCAUCAAAAUCUCGAGGAAAGAUAUGUACCAUAGGUAUUACACCCUGGGGAAUUGUAGAAAACCAGGAAGACCUGAUUGGUAAAGAUGUAGUCCGACCAUACCAAACCAUGUCCAAUCCCAUGAGUAAACUCACAGUACUUAAUAGUAUGCAUUCCCAUUUCAUUCUGGCUGAUAACGGGACUACAGGAAAAUAUGGAGCAGAGGUGAAAUUGCGGAGACAGCUGGAAAAGCAUAUUUCACUUCAGAAGAUAAACACAAGAAUUGGCCAAGGAGUUCCAGUCGUGGCCCUCAUUGUAGAAGGAGGACCAAAUGUAAUCUCCAUUGUUUUGGAGUAUCUUCGAGACACUCCUCCAGUUCCUGUUGUUGUCUGUGAUGGGAGUGGUCGGGCAUCUGACAUCCUGGCAUUUGGGCAUAAAUAUUCAGAAGAAGGCGGCCUCAUUAAUGAGUCUUUGAGGGAUCAAUUGCUAGUUACCAUCCAGAAAACAUUCACCUAUACUCGAACUCAAGCUCAGCAUCUUUUCAUAAUACUCAUGGAAUGCAUGAAAAAGAAGGAAUUGAUUACUGUAUUUCGAAUGGGAUCAGAAGGUCACCAGGACAUUGAUUUAGCAAUCCUGACAGCUUUACUCAAAGGAGCUAACGCCUCAGCCCCAGACCAACUGAGUUUAGCAUUAGCCUGGAACAGAGUAGACAUCGCUCGAAGCCAGAUCUUUAUUUAUGGGCAACAGUGGCCGGUGGGGUCCCUGGAGCAAGCAAUGCUGGAUGCCCUAGUGUUGGACAGAGUGGAUUUUGUGAAAUUGCUCAUUGAGAAUGGAGUAAGCAUGCAUCGUUUUCUCACCAUCUCCAGACUAGAGGAAUUGUACAAUACGAGACAUGGACCAUCCAAUACUUUGUACCACUUGGUCAGGGAUGUCAAAAAGAGAGAAUAUCCAGGUUUCGGUUGGAUCUAUUUUAAGGGGAACCUGCCUCCAGAUUACAGGAUAAGUUUAAUCGACAUUGGUCUUGUGAUUGAAUACCUGAUGGGAGGAGCUUAUCGUUGCAACUAUACUCGAAAACGCUUCCGGACUCUCUAUCACAAUCUUUUUGGACCCAAGAGGCCUAAAGCCUUGAAACUUCUAGGAAUGGAGGAUGAUGUUCCCUUGAGAAGAGGAAGAAAGACCACCAAAAAGCGAGAAGAAGAAAUUGACAUUGAUUUAGAUGACCCUGAGAUCAACCACUUCCCUUUCCCUUUCCAUGAACUCAUGGUAUGGGCUGUCCUGAUGAAGCGGCAAAAGAUGGCCUUAUUCUUCUGGCAGCAUGGGGAAGAGGCCAUGGCUAAAGCACUGGUAGCCUGCAAACUGUGCAAAGCUAUGGCUCAUGAGGCAUCAGAAAAUGACAUGGUGGAUGACAUCUCCCAGGAGCUGAACCACAAUUCUAGGGACUUUGGACAGUUGGCUGUGGAGCUGUUGGACCAGUCCUACAAACAGGAUGAACAGCUGGCAAUGAAACUGCUGACCUACGAGCUGAAGAACUGGAGUAAUGCCACAUGCCUGCAGCUUGCAGUGGCUGCCAAACACCGAGACUUCAUUGCUCACACCUGCAGCCAGAUGCUGCUCACAGAUAUGUGGAUGGGCCGGCUCCGAAUGAGAAAGAAUUCAGGUCUCAAGGUAAUUCUAGGAAUUCUACUUCCUCCUUCAAUUCUCAGCUUGGAGUUCAAGAACAAAGAUGAUAUGCCUUACAUGUCUCAAGCCCAUGAGAUCCACCUCCAAGAGAAGGAGCCCGAGGAACCAGAGAAGACUGUGAAGGAAAAAGAUGAAGAGGACAUGGAAUUAACAGCAAUGCUGGGUCGAAGCAAUGGAGAGUCAUCAAGGAAGAAGGAUGAAGAAGAAGUUCAGAGCAGGCACAGAUUAAUCCCCCUUGGAAGAAAAAUAUAUGAAUUCUACAAUGCACCUAUUGUGAAGUUUUGGUUCUACACUCUGGCAUACAUUGGCUACCUGAUGCUCUUCAACUACAUUGUUUUAGUGAAGAUGGAGCGCUGGCCUUCCACCCAAGAAUGGAUAGUUAUUUCCUAUAUAUUCACUUUGGGGAUAGAGAAGAUGAGAGAGAUUUUGAUGUCAGAGCCUGGGAAGCUGUUUCAAAAAGUGAAAGUAUGGCUUCAGGAAUACUGGAAUGUCACAGACCUAAUAGCCAUCCUCCUAUUUUCUGUUGGAAUGAUUCUUCGUCUGCAAGAUCAACCAUUCCGAAGUGAUGGGAGGGUCAUAUACUGUGUUAACAUCAUUUAUUGGUAUAUCCGCUUGUUAGACAUUUUUGGCGUGAACAAAUACUUGGGCCCUUACGUUAUGAUGAUUGGGAAAAUGAUGAUAGACAUGAUGUACUUUGUCAUCAUUAUGCUGGUGGUGCUGAUGAGCUUUGGGGUGGCUAGGCAAGCCAUUCUCUUCCCCAAUGAAGAACCUUCAUGGAAAUUGGCCAAGAACAUUUUCUACAUGCCCUACUGGAUGAUUUAUGGGGAAGUGUUUGCAGACCAGAUAGACCCUCCCUGUGGACAAAAUGAAACCCGAGAAGAUGGCAAAAUAGUCCAGCUGCCUCCCUGCAAGACAGGAGCUUGGAUUGUACCAGCCAUCAUGGCCUGUUAUCUCUUAGUGGCAAAUAUCCUGCUAGUCAACCUCCUUAUUGCUGUCUUUAACAAUACAUUUUUCGAAGUUAAAUCUAUAUCCAAUCAAGUGUGGAAGUUUCAGAGGUAUCAGCUGAUCAUGACAUUUCAUGAAAGACCCGUCCUGCCACCACCCCUAAUUAUUUUCAGCCACAUGACCAUGAUAUUCCAGCACCUCUGCUGUCGUUGGCGAAAACAUGAAAGUGAUCCAGAUGAACGAGACUACGGCCUAAAACUUUUUAUAACAGAUGAUGAGCUCAAGAAAGUCCAUGACUUUGAGGAACAGUGCAUAGAGGAAUAUUUUAGAGAAAAGGAUGAUAGAUUCAAUUCUUCUAAUGAUGAAAGGAUACGAGUGACAUCAGAAAGGGUGGAGAAUAUGUCUAUGCGCCUGGAGGAAGUGAAUGAGCGAGAACACUGCAUGAAGGCUUCACUCCAAACCGUAGAUAUUAGGCUCGCUCAGCUGGAGGACAUGAUAGGACGCAUGGCCACGGCACUGGAACGGCUUACUGGUUUGGAAAGGGCAGAGUCCAAUAAAAUUCGUUCCCGAACCUCCUCCGAUUGUACAGACGCUGCCUACAUUGUUCGCCAGAGCAGCUUCAAUAGCCAGGAAGGAAACACCUACAAGGUCCAAGAAAGUCUCGACCCUACAGGUGAGGGGUCAAUGUCCCCAACCUCUCCAACCUUAAUGCCCCGUAUGCGAAGUCAUUCUUUCUAUUCCAUGAAUAUAAAAGACAAAAGUGAUAUAGAAAAAUUGGAAAGUAUUUUUAAAGAAAGGUCCCUCAGUCUACACCGAGCCACUAGCUCCCAUUCAGUAUCAAAAGAAACCAAGGCUGUUCCCAUCCCCAUAAGUACUUUGGCAAUUAUCCCUGAUUCCAGAAGACCAUCAUCUUGUAUUGAUAUCUAUGUCUCAGCCAUGGAUGAACUCCAGGGUGACAUAGAUCCUCUGGACAAUUCCAUGAAUAUCUUGGGGCUAGAAGAGCCCAUCUUUCCAGCUCCAACAACAUCUACUGCCCCUUCAAGUAGUGCUUAUGCAACCCUCGCACCUACAGACAGACUUCCAAGCCGUAGCAUGGAUUUUGAGGAUAUCACUUCAAUGGACACAAGGUCUUUUUCUUCAGACUACACCCACCUCCUCCCAGAGUGCCCAAAUCCUUGGGAUGUUGACCCACCCUUGUAUCAUGCAAUAGAGAGGUCAAAAAGUAGCCGCUACCUGGCUACCACUCCUUUUCUUCUUGAGGAGGCCCCAAUUGUGAAAUCCCAUAGCUUUAUGUUCUCUCCUCCUCGAAACUAUUAUACCAACUUUGGGGUAUCUGUCAAAACAGCAGAAUACACAAGCAUUACAGACUGCAUAGACACCAGGUGUGUGAAUGCUCCUCAGGCAAUAGCUGACAGGAUGAUCUUCCCUGGAGCCCUAGGAGACAAAGUGGAGGACUUGGCCAGCAACCAUCCAGAGAGAGAAGCAGAACUGAGUCAUCCCAGCUCAGACAAUGAAGAAAAUGAAGCCAAAGACCGGAAGACACUCACAUUACCCACCCAGGGGGGCAGUAUCUCAGACAGAAUCCUGUCCAACAACAUAGCCCUCCCCAAAAUCGAAAGAGCAAACAGCUGUUAUGCAGAAGAGCCUAGCACACUCUACCCACACACCAGGAAAAGUUUCUCCAUCAGUGAUAAACUCGACAGACAACGCAACACAGCCGGUAACACAGCCAGUCUCCGGCACCCCUUCCAGAGGAGUAAGUCCUCCAGGCCAGAAAGUAAAGGGGACAGCCUGUACAUGAGGAGACUGUCUAGAACUGCUGCUUUCCACAGCUUUGAAAGCAAGCACAGCUAAAUUUUAGACCUAUCUUCCUUCCUACACAGUGCAGGAAAAAUAAGACAUUAUCCCCAAGUCCAUCUAUCUCCUUACACCUUUAUCUAUUUUCAUUAGCUAAGCAAAACUAACAUCAUUGUGGGAGGGAUCUGAUUUAAAGCUCACUUUUGGGACAUUGGUUGGGAAAACUCUUGUGUCCCAGGGUGUCAAACACCCUGACCUCAAAUCUGGCCUUGAUUUCCACCAUUCAUAUUUGAGGGAAGAGGGAGGAAAAGGGAGAAAAUAAGAGCUUAAUAUUAAGGUUUGGAUAAAGUCCUCCAUCUUACAUAGCAGUGAGCUGUGGAUAAUGAAUAGGCAACAAGCUCAAUUACUGCUAGAAAGUGUUAUUUUGAUUUUUGACCAUGAUCAAGCUUUUUAGGACACAGGGCUAAUUUUUUAAAAUAAUAAAAUAAAAUAAUCAGCAUACAAAUGAGCUAUUCUAAACUUCAAUUCUGUUUUCUUUUUACAUUGGUUCCAUCAUUGUGGUGAUUGAUGAAGAGCAUCCUUUUUGUUCUGUAUAAGCCGACAACAAGCAACCCUAACGUCCCACAUCCUUCACAUGUCAACAUCUUUGUAAUUGAUCAUUAUAAAGAAACAAGGUAACACUCCUAGUUCACCUAUCUCUUUUAUGUUCACUUCUGGUGCCACAAUUAUUGAUUUUGUUUGAAGAAGGGGGAAAAGAAGAACAAGAAAUGCCUUUGUAUUUAGAUUGUAAUCUAAAUAAAAGAAGAAUUUAUGUAUGUAAAGAAAAUUUUCCAGCAAUUUGUUGUAUAAGUGGGCAUUCUAGUACAAUUUGAGCAAACUCAAGAUAAAUGUAAUUAAGUAAUUUAAUAUUAUAUAUUUAUUUUUUUAAUCACACUUGCCAUCAAUGAGUUUAUUCACAGAAUGGUACCAUGCUGAACAGUGGACAGAAAGAGUUGAAAUGAUACCAUAAGAGGGUUAUCUUCUCACUGUUUGAUGCAAUUAAACAUGUUUGGUUUGCUGGUGUACUUCAUCCUUCACAUGUCACCACCAUAUUUUCUUGUUUUUUGCAUAGCUCCAAAAUCACACUGCCAAUUUUUCACACCAUCCAUCAUAACUGUUUUCUAUAGCUAAAUAUUACCAUACCCAAAGUUUUGCCAUCUGAUAUCAUCUCCAUCAUAGAAUUUUCUCAAAGGCUGUUAUAAUAUUUUUUGACAAUGGAUCAAAAUACAGAUACCUUUUGGGGAGUGGGUUCAAAACAUUAAAUUGAAGGUUGAAUAACAACCAAAUGUCAUCAGCUACUGUUCUGUUAUACUCAGUCCUGCAAACACUUAUAGAAAGCUACAGAAAGAUGCCAAAGUGUAAUGAACCAUUCAGAUAGUUAUAUGAUUAAUAUAUAUAGUGAUAAAGUAUAUAUAUAUACAGAGAGAGAGAAUAUAUAAACAUUGAAUAUAUAGAACAAUCCUUGAAGGUUAGAAAUUUCUCUAUGGCUUGGACUUUGCUCUUACUUUGGGUGUCUAAGAAAGAUAACCAAAGAUGGAGAGUUUCAUUUAUCUUUUGAAAUCAAAUAUUCUAAUUUAAAACAUUUUUUAAAAUAAAAACUAGCUAUUGUCAAUGAGAAUAUAGAACCACAUGGUGGAGAUUCAAUUUUCAUUACUCAGUGUUUCAGUCACAUCACACACACACACACACACACACACACACACACACAGAGUUACACAGAACAGACAUGAUCUUAACCCUAGGUGAUUAUCUCAACCAUGGUCAAAUGCCUACUAAUGCCUACUGGACAUACCUUGGUUUAGUCUCCUGCACAGUCAAUAAACUUUUUUUUUUCAGACUAAUAAAUGUUGUAGGUAAGGCAAAGAUUUAACAAUUUUCAUCAAUCUUUUGUUUUCAACAUUGUUCCUACUAAUUAAGUGGAGUUUGAUCCCCUUAACUAACUACAUACUUAACUAACCCUCCUUUAACUUGCUUUCUAGUUCUCAGUUGAUAACAAUGAGAAAGAAGGAAUGUUGGGAGACAUCCAAUCCUACCAAACAGGCAUUUAAUUGUUUUACAAUGAUAUAUUUAUGAUAGUGAGUUGGACUAUGAUUCAUUGCUUUGGGGAAAUCACUGAAAAGAAAGUUACCUCCACCAUUGCAGGUCAACACCUUCUCAAAAACUUAAGUCUCAGAAAACGUUAAGUAAUUUGUCCAAGGUUUCACAGCCAGUAUGUAUCAAAGGCAGGACUUGAGCCCAAGUCUUUCUAGUUCCAAAGCCAAUUCUCUAAUCACUACACCAUAAUGCCUCUUAUGUAUGUAACAGAGUUUGGAAAUACUUGACUUAGUGAUAGAUCCCUUUUAUUUUCAGUGACCAGUGUUGAAAACUCACUCUGCAUAGGCCAAACUAGAUUUAAGUCACAGAAUAAAGCUUGAACCAGAGGUGUUCUAGAGUUUAUUUUUUACAUCUCAUAGCUUACCUUUUUUGCUGGUUUGAUUUCAUGAUCCUUGUGCCUGAAAGCUUUGAAAGUUUCAAACACUGGGUGGUUUCUCUUGAGGGAACCAAGGAAUGAUGAGAAAGUCAUUCUCUUCUGACAAAAUAUAAUACAAGCUAUUAAAAGAGCAUUCUAGAUCAGAACUGACAUUUAAAGUAAGGGGUAAAAAAAUCAUAAACAGAAACAGCAUUUCAUAACUGUGAUUAUUUAUGGGAGGAGGAGGGAAAUUGGAAGAAAAGAAUAAAGAGGCCCCUAAAAUUAAAUGCAUCAUCAUGACCAAAAUUCUACUUGCUUCAUUGAUUUAGUUGUACAUUGAAGUCAAAUCCAAAUUCAUGUAGUCAAGUCUUUGGAACAAAAUAGACUUAAUGUAUUUAAAUACAAUAUGCAACAUUCUUGACUCAUUUUUUUUUCAUGUGCAUGUAUCACUCCAGAUACACAAACUUUUUUUUAAUCUUAUUUUUUCCAUCCCUGUUCUCUAUAUACCAAUGUUGCAGUGAUCCCAUUGCCUUGUCUAGUCUGUGACCAGUUUAUUUAUAAUACAAUGACACUGAUUCAGGAAAUGUUUGUUGAAUAUCUCUGUGAGUGAAGAUGAAGAAAUAGCUAUCUAUAGCUACUGUCAUAGGACUUAUUAUACAAUGCUGUAUUCCAAAUAUCUAUGUAAGCAUGUAUAACCCAGUAGUGCUGUGGUAUGUGGUUGUAUUAAUGAAUGUUACAGAACAGUUUCAAUGUUGCAUUAUCUCAUCUAUU